GCUACUCGAGGUCUUGUGUCAAAUACUCUAUCAGCGCUGGAAGUUACCGACAAGAGCAAAGCAAUCGACAUGUGUAAUGUUUUUUUUCUAUCUUUGGUGUCCAACGUGAAGUAUUAAUUUUUGAUUGUCCUCAAAUUUGUUUUGGAAUAUUUAUUUUGUUGCAGCUGUCACUCCUGCGAAUUUAUUUUAUGGUUGUUGUUUUUUUGACAUGAUGCUCUGGAACCCCAAGGAAGCUCCGAACUUAUGACAGUUAUUCUUGGAAGUUCACUACAAGCCUAAACAAUACAGGCUAUAUGAUGCUCUCCAGGGUGACGAUUUAGCCAGGGCACGCACGUGUCUGAAAUUAAUUUUAAAGCAAGAACCUCUGUUUUAUGACAUUUGUGUUUUUAUGACAUUCCUUAAUCCCCUUCAGACAAAAUGAUGUAUGUAUUUUUGUUCGCUGCGACUACACUUUUUCUUCAGGACUUAAUCGGAGCCGAAACGAGAACCAAAUGCCCGCCUCGCUGCGACGUCAGCAGGUGCCCGAGUCCGAGCUGUCCCAGUGGUUAUGUCCCGGACCGUUGUAACUGUUGCUUGGUUUGCGCGCAGAGCGAAGGAAGCGCCUGUGGACGCAAGGAUGACUUACCGUGUGGGGACGGGCUGGAGUGUAAGCAUCCCGCGGGGAAGCGACUCUCCAAGGGCGUGUGCCAGUGCAGGCAGAACUACAAAGUGUGCGGUAGUGAUGGCAAGACGUAUGGCAACGUGUGUCGGCUCAAGGCGGUGAGCAGGAAGGCUUUGCAGCGGGGCCUAACCGCUGUCACCCAGGCGCACAAAGGACCCUGUGAUGUCGCCACAGUUACAGGUCCUCUCCACCCCAACAGCCCAAGGUACAAGUUCAACUUCAUUGCCGAUGUUGUGGAGAAGAUCGCCCCGGCAGUAGUGCACAUAGAGCUGUCCAUCAGGCAUCCUCUGUUUGGUCGAAACGUGGCUCUCUCCAGCGGGUCGGGUUUCAUUGUGUCGGAAACGGGCCUCAUCGUCACCAACGCUCACGUGGUGACCAGCACCGCCCCCGUAUCCGGGCGACAGCAGCUCAAGGUUCAGCUGCACAACGGAGAUGUCUACGAGGCCACCAUCAAAGACAUCGACAAAAAGUCAGAUAUAGCCACCAUAAAGGUCAACCCGCAGAGAAGGCUCCCGGUGCUGCUGCUGGGUCACUCGGCUGAGCUGAGGCCGGGCGAAUUCGUGGUGGCCAUUGGCAGUCCCUUCACCUUGCAGAACACCGUGACGACAGGCAUCGUUAGCACGGCACAGCGGGACGGCAAGGAGCUGGGAAUCCGUGACUCGGACAUGGACUAUGUCCAGACGGACGCCAUCAUCAACUAUGGGAACUCAGGGGGACCUCUGGUUAACUUGGAUGGGGAAGUGAUCGGUAUCAACACCCUGAAGGUGACAGCCGGCAUCUCCUUUGCCAUUCCCUCCGAUAGGAUCACACGCUUUCUCAAUGAAUCUCUCAGCAAAAAGGUCAGAGAAAGGCUAAUAAGGAGAGUUUACCAUUGGCCAAAGCCUCAGUCUGUGGUCUCUGAUACAGAGGAGAAAGGAAUUAUAAAACGGUUUAUCGGAAUACGAAUGCUGACAAUAACACCAGCUCUGGUGGAGGAGCUAAAGCAGCACAGCCCUGAUUUCCCAGACAUCAUCAGUGGUAUCUACGUCCAUGAGGUGGUGCCUAACUCCCCUGCUCAGCAAGGCGGGAUCAGAGGUGGUGACAUCAUUGUGAAGCUGAACGGCCGGCCGCUGAUGAGCACCUCCGACCUGCAGGAGGCGCUGUUAGAGGAGACAGGCCUGCUGCUGGAGGUGCGCCGCGGCAAUGACGACCUCCUGUUCAACAUCGAGCCCGACGUCAUCAUGCACUGAGUGUGGGGAGGGGCUUUCCGCCAUAUGAGACAGGGACCUCCUCUGACCAACCACUCCACCACUGCAUAUCAUUUCACCAGGCAAACUGGGUCUCAUUGGGCCUGUCACUCCUCUCAAACAGACUAACCGUGGGAGCGCCAGUCACCAUUCCGCUGCAGAAGCAAGAAAGCUGGCUUCAUCCAGCGGGCCCACUUCCUGUAUGCUUAAAUAAUGUACAGAUAUUUCAUGGGAUAUUUACCGCCAACUAUGGAAGAGUUGAUGUACAGUAUGGUGCCAGUUUAUAUGGCUUGUGUCACAGGCAAGUAUUUAAGUGUGAAAUUAUAUAAAGCCUUGUGCUUCCGUUCAGUUGACAAAGUGCUCGAUUUGCCCUGUAGAUGAGCAAAAGGCAUCCACAUUGGUUCUGUUAACCUAUAGUAAACUGUUUAUGGAUGAACACACCAUGCAACGUGUUAAUGCAGCUGGCAGACCUUUCAUGGAAACCUUGCAUUAGACAGUCGGUGGGUGCAGUAGGAACCAUUGUGGUGCCUCAGAAACUGAAGUGUGAUGUUUUAACGAAUCAAAGGAUCUCCUUUGCUGACAAUGUAGUCCUUGUCCCUGCUGGUUUAAAAUGAGUGGGCCAUUAUGCCACCAUCGACUUCACAACUCAACUCACAACUAUUCUCCUGAGGGUGAUUUGUACUGUCACCACUGGUGUGGAUUUCUAUGAAUAAAGUGUACAGAUAAAAA